AUGGAUCCCUGGGUGUGUGUCCUGCUGUGUGUUGUCUGCCUUCUGUCUCUGCUGGCUUGGACGCUGAGCAGCACGAGUCGGCGUGAUGGAGGCGCACACAAGAUCCCCCAGCUGCCCUCACUUCCUGUCAUCGGCAGCCUGCUGAGUCUGCAAAGUUGUCAUCCUCCUCACGUGCUUUUCCAGAAGCUGCGGCACAAGUACGGCGACACCUACGCGCUGAUGAUGGGCUCGCAGCGCGUCAUCGUGGUCAACCAGCACCGCCACGCCAGGGAAGUCCUGCUCAAGAAGGGCAAGGUGUUUGCGGGGAGGGCCAGGACGGUGACCACGGACGUCCUGACCAGAGACGGUAAGGACAUCGCUUUUGGAGACUACAGCGCCACCUGGAAGUUCCACAGGAAGGUAGUCCAUGGAGCUCUCUGCAUGUUUGGACAAGGUUCUGCUUCCAUCGAGAAGAUCAUCUGCACGCAGGCACAGUCGCUCUGCUGCCUCCUCUCGGAGAAAGCCGAGGCCUCCGUGGACUUUUGCCCCGAGCUGACGUGCGCCGUCACCAACGUGGUUUGUUCUUUGUGCUUCAACGACACUUACCGCAGAGGAGACCCCGAGUUCGAGACCAUGCUCCAUUACAGCAAGGGCAUCGUGGACACCGUCGCCAAGGACAGCCUGGUGGACAUCUUCCCUUGGUUGCAGAUUUUCCCCAAUUCCGACCUGCAGCUCCUGAAACAAUGUGUUUCUAUUCGAGACCAACUUCUAUGGAGGAAAUAUGAAGAACACAAGGCAGACUACAGCGAUCAUCUGCAGAGAGACCUGGUGGAUGCUCUCCUGAGAGCCAAGCGCAGUGCCGAGAACAACAACACGGCAGAAAUCAGCGCAGACAGCGUGGACCUCAGUGAUGACCACAUCCUGAUGACAGUGGGGGACAUCUUUGGAGCGGGUGUGGAAACCACCGUCACUGUGCUCCAAUGGGCCAUCAUCUACCUCAUCCAUCAUCCUGAGGUACAAGCUCGCAUCCAGGAGGAGCUGGACAACAAAGUAGGAGAAGGGCGAAGCCCCCACCUCAGUGACAGAGGUAGUCUGCCUUACCUGGAGGCCACCAUCAAGGAGGUGUUACGGAUACGUCCUGUGGCGCCGCUCCUCAUCCCCCAUGUGGCGCUCUCUGACACCAGCCUUGGGAAUUUCAAAGUGCAAAAAGGAACGCGUGUCAUCGUCAACCUGUGGUCUUUGCACCACGACGAGAAGGAAUGGAAACAUCCCGAGCUCUUUGAUCCCGGUCGAUUCUUGAACGACGACGGCACCGGCGUGACGGCGCCGCCGUGCAGUUACCUGCCCUUUGGAGCCGGGGUCAGGGUGUGUCUCGGGGAGGCCUUGGCCAAGAUGGAACUCUUCCUCUUCCUGUCCUGGAUUCUGCAGUGCUUCACGCUUUCCACCCCGCCAGGUCAACCCCCGCCGCUGUUGGAGGGCAAGUUUGGCGUGGUGCUGCAGCCCGCCAAGUACAAGGUGACGGCCGCGCCCAGACCGAGCUGGAAGGCAAAGCGUCGGGCUUGCUAACUUUGCGACAUCUUUUUUUUACAAAACCGUGUCUAAGUCAGGGUCUCUGACAAUUUUUCAUGGGAGAGUUACUUUUACAAACCCGAUAAUCUUGUUUCGUCAGAUCAUGAACAUAAUGGCAUAGCUCGGUUGGUAGAGCGGCCGUGCCAGCAACUUGAGGGUUGCAGGUUCGAUUCCCGCUUCCGCCAUCCUAGUCACUGCCGUUGUGUCCUUGGGCAAGACACUUUACCCACCUGCUCCCAGUGCCACCCACACUGGUUUAAAUGGAACUUAGAUAUUGGGUUUAACUAUGUAAAGCGCUUUGAGUCACUAGAGAAAAGCGCUAUAUAAAUAUAAUUCACUUCACAAUCCACAAAUCACACUUUGCAUGUAAACUACUUUGUUUAUCCACCUCAGGGGCGCCCAAACUUCUUCCACUGAAAACCACACGCUGAC